UGAGGGCGUGACCUGCCGUAAACAGGAAGUGAAGUGUGUUCGUCGUCGAUUUCUUUCCGGGAUAUUUUCUAAAAUGGUGUUGUAAAUCUAUCCCUAAUCAUUUGAGUUACGUUGCUAACGAACAGAAAAACAAACGGUGGUGAAAACAACCUCUUUGGUGGUGGCGGGAAAGUCGAAGCGCGCCACUUUGGUUGAGACAGCGAGCCCAGCCAGCGCGUGGUCACGUGGUCACGGAGGUAAUUAACAAUAAAAUGUUCAACUGGGCCAAUAUGAGCAAAGUGGAAAAAGCGCUUGAUAAAUCCUCAAUCCAUCCAUCUAUUUACCCCCCGCCUGUCUCUGGAUGUCGCGCCGGGGGCUGGAGCCUACCCCAGCUGCACUCGGGGCGGAAGGCAGCGCACACCCUGGACAAGUCGCCAACUCCUCAUCCAGAAAAGAGAUUUGAAGCCAAGCAUCAGUAUGUGAGACUUUUUUGUGUGGGACUUUGAAGCUGGUGAAGGCUGCAUGUGGACCCCAAUCUGGAACCCAUAAAGUCUCCCGUCAUCUGGGAACUUCUGAUUGGCUGCGAGGACCACUUACCCCCCGUCCGCGCUUCCCGCUCCCAUCCCUGGCCGGGGCCGGGCCCCGCCCCCCCGCAGCAGGCCUCUGCGCCAAUGAGAAGGAGCCGCGCUCGCCGUUUGGGUAUAAAAAGGGCCGAGGCGCAGGGUUUGUUGUUGUUCUGGCGGCCGGUUGGGGAAACCAAGGAACCUGGAAGCAAGGACGGCCAUGGAGUCGUAGGCUGAGAAGAUGAGAGAAGAGGUGUCCUGCGCCAACUCCCCCGAAGGAGGCCUGGGGGCCAGCGAGGAGGAACUGGAGAGGAGCUCCAAGAAGAGUCUGCAGGCGGCCCACAGAAAGCGCUCCCCUCACCUCAAGAAGGACAAUCAGACGGACCAGAUCGCCGCCGGCAGUCCCCAGCCGGGCCCCAAGAGGGUGAAGAAGAGCCCUCCGCCCGCGGUGAGCCUGGCCCCCGUCGGCUCCCUGGGCCCCCGGCCCGAGCAGCCCUUCGAGGACCUCCACUCCCAGCGGGUCAUCGCCAACGUGCGGGAGCGCCAGCGCACGCAGUCGCUCAACGACGCCUUCGCCUCGCUGCGCAAGAUCAUCCCCACGCUGCCCUCGGACAAGCUGAGCAAGAUCCAGAUCCUCAAGCUGGCCUCGCGCUACAUCGACUUCCUCUACCAGGUGCUGCAGAGCGACGAGAUGGACGCUAAGCUGGCCAGCUGCAACUACCUGGCGCACGAGCGGCUCAGCUACGCCUUCUCCGUCUGGCGGAUGGAGGGCGCCUGGGCCAUGUCCGCCAGCCACUAGGACCCCCACCUCCUCCUCCUGUCCACCAGCCACUAGGACCCCCACCUCCUCCUCCUGUCCACCAGCCACUAGGACCCCCACCUCCUCCUCCUGUCCACCAGCCACUAGGACCCCCACCUCCUCCUCCUGUCCACCAGUCACUAGGACCCCCACCUCCUCCUCCUGUCCACUAGCCACUAGGACCCCCACCUCCUCCUCCUGUCCACUACCCACUAGGACCCCCACCUCCUCCUCCUGUCCACUACCCACUAGGACCCCCACCUCCUCCUCCUGUCCACUAGCCACUAGGACCCCCACCUCCUCCUGUCCACCAGUCACUAGGACCCCCCCACCUCCUUCUCCUCCUCCUGUCCAUCAGCCCCUAGGACCCCCCCCACCUCCUCCUGUCCACCAGCCACUACGACCCCCCACCUCCUUCUCCUCCUCCUGUCCACCAGCCACUUGGACCCCACCUCCUCCUGUCCACUAUGUUUCUUGUUCCUCUCCUCUUUCCUUCAAUUGGUGCAACACCACCGCUCGCCCUCAGAUGUGGCUUCUAAACAACUCUGCCAACUCCAAAGAAGGCCAACAAAUGUAAACUUAUGGAGGAAAAGUCCCACUGCCCACUGCCACUUUACCACGGACACGCGAGACGUGGAAGUGGACUCUCCACGGCGAACAAUGGGACGGAGAAGGUGGGCGGACACAGCCAAUGAAUGUUUUUCUGUCUUCUUUAUAUAAUAAGCUGGGUCACAUGACACCCCCCCAGAAACCCAAUCACACGCUUGUUUCGUGGAUAAAUGGACCAGGGCACGGCCAAUGUGGGAAAUGAACUGUCUUCUUCUCACGCUUGCAACUCUUAUUUUGAAAAGGAAAAAAAAAAAGAAGUGUGACAAAUUGGGAUCUCAGCUACGUUGAAAAAAUUAUUUUGUGAUCUUUGAUUGUUUGUAUAGUUUGUUUGUUUGUUUAUGUAUUUGUUGUGUCAACUCCUGUGGACAAUAAACUCUUUUCUUUUGA